UCUAACCCGGAAGUGAAAGCUACUUAAGCGCUUUUGGCCUAGUACAUUCCAGCGGCAAGAAGGCGACGCAGUAAAUAAGGCCUUGGUCGCUCGGGCGAUUCGGUGCCCCUCGGCGGCUGAUGAAGCGAGAGGGAGUCGAAACGGCACGGGAUUUUGAACCACAAAGACUUCAGUCAUGGAUUUUCAGCACCGUCCAGGUGGAAAAACGGGGAGUGGAGGUGUUGCCUCAGCCUCAGAAAGCAAUAGGGACCGCAGAGAGAGGUUGAGGCAACUCGCCUUGGAAACGAUAGAUAUCAAUAAGGAUCCCUAUUUUAUGAAAAAUCACUUGGGGUCUUAUGAAUGUAAACUUUGUCUGACACUGCACAACAAUGAGGAGAACAACCAAGCUCAAGCAGGCCUGCUCUUUCUGUCCCUCCCCUUCUUUUUAUCCUCGGCUGUUCUCCAUAUGAGGAGGCAGUCGGGUUUGUUGGAUUUAAGCGGUCCUCCCACCUUCCCGUUCUUCUGGCUCCGCACCCCACAGAUCGAUUACCCAGAGAUCGCUGAAAGUAUCAUGCCGAGGCACCGCUUUAUGUCAGCGUACGAGCAGAGAAUUGAGCCUCCCGACCGGCGUUGGCAAUACCUUUUGAUGGCAGCAGAGCCCUAUGAGACCAUCGCUUUCAAGGUGCCCAGUAGGGAGAUUGACAAAGCUGAAGGCAAAUUCUGGACUCACUGGAAUCGAGAAACAAAACAGCUCCUCCUUCAGUUCCCUUUCAAGAUGGAGAAGCCACCUGCUCCUCAAAGUAUCCCACCUCCAGCUACCGUGAAGCGGCCUCCUCCCCCCCCCACGAAUGGCCUGCCCCCCCCCCCCCCCCCCCCCGAACCCGCCCCACCCCCUCCUCCUGGGGGCAUGGUUAUGCCUCCCAUGCCUCCCCCGACAGGACCGCUGCCCCCAGGCCCACCCCAGUUGCCCCCAGCCCCCGGCGUCCCUCCUCCUGCUCCAAUGCCCCCAAUGCUGAGACCCCCUCUCCCCACGGAAGGACCGGGGAGCAUUCCUCCACCACCCCCUACCAGUUGAAAAGUCUGCGCUUCCUGUCCUUCCCUGGCACCAUUUUUUUUAAAAGGCACCAGUUGAUCUUGUCUCGUUUCUUUCCUUGUGUACUUUUUAAAUACAUCAGUGGCUUCAGUUCAGAA